ACGAUAAAGAAAUUUAUGCUUGCUUUAUUGCUUUCUUUCAAAUGUCACAAAAGUUGAAGAGCAAAGUUGAAUGUUCUGGUAACAAUAGUAGUGAAGCCAAAGAAUGUGGCCUCCCUUUGGAGAAACUGAACCUUGGUCCAAGGAAGAAGCUUCUUAUUCUUGGUGUUGGAGGAUUGCUCUGUCAUAGGGUAUACCGCUGUGAAAAAUCCGGCAUACCGAAAUUCCGCCGUCCAGAUGCUGCAUAUGGAAACUUUUACGUGUACAAGAGGCCUUACUGUGAAGAUUUUAUGAAAUUUUGCUUGGAAAGAUUUGAAGUAGGAAUAUGGUCUUCUGCAAGGGAAUGGUACAUGGACAGCGCCUUGGAUUGUGUAAUGAAGGGAUUGAGGAGAAAAUUGGUAUUUGCUUGGGAUCAAGCUGAAUGUACUGAUUCUGGGUUCAAGGCCUUGGAGAAGAGAGACAAGCCUAUCUUACUGAAGGAGUUGAAGAAAAUAUGGGAAAACAAGGGUUCCAAAGCCACCCUUCCAUCUUGGAUUGUGCAGUAUUCUUCAACCAACACACUAUUAAUAACAACUCCUUACAAGGCUCUGCUAAACCCUCCUCACACAUCCAUUUGUCCUGCUGAAUUCAAAGUUGACCAAGUUGAUGACAUGGCUUUAGGCCCUAAGGGUGAGUUAAGGCUUUACUUGGAAGGACUGGCAGAUGCAGAUGAUGUUACUUCUUAUGUUGAAGAGCAUCCAAUUGGCCAGCCUGCAAUAACUAGUGCUCAUGCUGAUUGGGAUUUCUAUUCAAAUAUUAUCAGUCAUUUUCAGAAGGAUUGAGCUGUUGCAGAAAAAAAAGAAGAAAAAAGAACUCCAUUGUUAUGAAGCUGGAGUGGUUUAAGUGAUUUUGUUGUCCAGGGAUUUGUUGGAUAUGUUCUGCUUUUAACUAAAAUCUUGGCCUUUUUAGCAGCA